AUGUCUGCUUUCACGAUUGACGGCAUCAUGAAAAAGCUUGAUCAAUGGCGGGCACACGCUUCAUACAUAAAGCCAUCCUCCGCUUCCACGCCAGUGCCUGAGUCCGGUAUCGCGUGCCUAGGCACCGAUAAUCUCCACAAGAACCACACAUUAUUUGACCCAAGCUUAAAUGAGCUGGGCUUACUGUGGCGCGGUCAACUCAGUCAGGAUGCUGUCUUCACGUCAGGCCAUCUUGCCAACAGGCCGACUUUCGGAACUCUGUAUCGUGAAGGGCUACUUAUCAACCGGCAAGUUUUGCUUUUCGUUAUGGUUGUUCUGUUGAUGAUACCAGCAGUAACAUCCAUAUUCACUUGGUAUUCUCGCAGGCACUGUCUCCAAGUAGCGAACAUUGAGAUUCUAGAUUUCAUCAGCGAAGUCCGUUCCCGGAAAGUGUUUCUGUUGAAAAGGAUGAGCUCCGCUGCUUCAAUGCUGAACGGCCAAGUUGACAGCAUCAUGAAGCAGAUAGCGAUGGAGAAUGAGCGGAUUUGCGCUGAAAUACCCACUUUCAUUGAUGCUGAAGUCAGGGAACUGCGCGAUGCUCUUGAGACACAAUUCCAGAACGAAUCUGACCACUAUAUCCUGGAAGUGAAGACUUUCCAGAUCCUGGAGCUAUUGAAGUUGAGUGCAAGCAUUUCCGAUCUGAGCUUCAACGCUGGAGACAGCGGGGCUCAAAUAAAUGAACAAGUACAGACAUCCGACGAUCAACGCCGCGCGAGUGCCCAUUCUGAGCCGAUCAGUCCCAGGACUUCAAAACCAGCCUCCAUUAGUGGUCCAAAGCUAUCGCCCGUAGCAGGCUGGGAUGAUGUAGCUGCAAAGCACGACAAAGCAGAUACAGCGCAAUCGCGAGCAGAACAUAACCAAGAGGUUGAGAAGGGCCACGAAUCUGCUGCAUUGGGAACUCAGCUCGAAGACACUUUAGCGCAACCGAAGUCAUCAGAAGGAACCCAGUCUCCUCAGACACCGGGGUCUGCGAAGGGCAAUUUAUCCGGGAAGCACACCCCAGAAGCCCUCCGUCUGAAGCCGGAGACAUGUACCUCUGCAAGGUACGAGAAGAACCAAGGGCCUGGCCCGGCUUCGGCUCAGUCGCCUUCAAAGCCCAACACUGAGCCUACCUCUGCUGAACUGGGCAAGAGUAGGUGGGCUCCCUUAACUCCGACCCAGGCUCAGCCCAAAACCCCUACUCGCGCAGGAGUUGAAGGGGGCCGGUUUGCUACGCCAACUGUAAACCAGCCGCCUUCGAAGCCAAACACUGAGUCUGCCUCCGCCGGAAUGAGCAAGAGCAUGUGGGCUACCUCUACUCCAACCCAGGCUCAGACUAAAGCACCUACUCGUGCAGGAAUUGAAGGGAAUCAGUCAGCUAGCCCGGCUUCAGGCCAAGCUCCAAAGCUGGCUGCACCCGCUUCUGCCGAAAUGAGCAAAAGCAGGUGGGCCGAUGAGUCUCCAACCGCGCAGAGAUCAAAGAGCGUUUCCUUGCCCUCCGCAAAGAACCCGAAAGGAGACCUUGGCGAAACUUUUUGA